AGAAUUUAUUUCUGGGUCCGCUACUGAUAACAAGUUAAUCCACCUGCAAACAAAUGUAUAGAUAAUGAUAAAGUUUUGUAGAAGAUAAAUAUUAAGUAUUAUAUGUGUCACUAGUCUUUGAUAAAAAAGCCAAAUUGCAUGAUAAUAGGACUUCUUAGAAGAAAAAAACCCUAAACCUAGCGAGUGAAUAUUUUAAGCUCGGCGAAAAACUAUCCUCCUCCAAACCCUCGAAGACCGUUCAUCCGUCUCCGCCGUCCGUUUGUUUCGUCAGUGAGUUUUUAAAUAGUUCUUUCAUUCUCUAGAUUCUCUUAUUUGGUGAAGAAAACAAAAAAAAUCUCUUCUACGUAAUUUUCUUAUCUUAAUGCAUGUCUCUGUUACAUUGACGAUUUAGGUUCACUUGUAUCAAUUUCAGUUUCACAAAUAGAAUUUUUUUAUAACUCUGAAAUAUGGGUAGAACUAUGUGAAGCUCGUAAGGUAUUUGAUGUCAUUUCUCAAACUCGGUCAUUAUCUCUAUCUCUGGAACUUCUUCAUAAAUAUAAACUAUGAUUUUUGGUUAUUGUCUACUUUUAAAUAUAAGUUUUAACAUAUCUCUCUUUCUAUGUGUUCGAUCAGCAAAUAGAACGAUUAUGAUUUCAGAUUUCAUCCCCGAUGGACUCGUCCUCGAGAUAUUGUCGCGAUUGCCAGCAAAGUCAAUCGCGAGGUUUCAGUGCGUGUCGAAGCUAUGGGCAUCAAUGCUUAGUCUUCCAUAUUUCACAGAGUUGUUCCUGACCCGGACCUCUGCUCAGCCACGUCUCUUAUUCGCCAUCGAAAAAAGGGGUUCGUGGAGCUUCUUCUCGUUGCCUCAGCAGUAUGAGAAGUCAUCUUCGUCUCUAGUAUUAGCUGCCGAAUAUCAUAUGAAGUUCCCUCCAGACAAUAUGCAGAUAAAUAUACGUAGUAACCACUGGUUUCCAUGUGUCUAUGCCUCUGGUUUGAUCUUUUUCUACGGUAUGUUGAUCAAAGAGAAGGGUCACUAUGGAGUGCCUGUUAUAUGUAACCCUAUAACAAGACGGUAUGCGGUCUUACCUUAUCUGCAAAGGUACCAAAUGCCGUAUACCUUUUUCGGGUUUGAUCCGAUUGACAAGCAAUUCAAGGUUUUGCUCAUGGAUUAUCCAUUUGGUCUUGAUCAUCAUAAAAUUCUGACAGUAGGAAAGGGAGACAUGAGUUGGAGAAGGAUUAAAUGUUCCUUAAAACAUUCUAUUAUGAGUAAAGGGAUAUGCAUUAAUGGGGUUUUGUAUUACUUAGGUGAGACGUCUGCUGAUAAUCCGCUCAUAGUUUGUUUUGAUAUUAGCUCUGAGAAAUUCAAAUUUAUUCACCGGGAAAGCUCUUGUCAAUUGAUAAACUACAAGGGUAAAUUAGGUGUGAUUUAUCGUGAUUAUUUCGCUAAUGAUGCCAUUGAGUUGCGUGUGUGGAUUCUAGAGGAUGUCGAGAAACAUGAAUGGUCUAAAUAUGCCUACUCUUCGAGGGAUAAUAAAUUCUUGGCUCAUUUCGAUUCCAUUGUUGGAGUGACUGCUACGGGUGAAAUAGUUUUGUCGAUGGCUGAUUAUAGGUUCAAGCAACCGUUUUAUUUUUGCUACUUCAAUCCCGAAAGAAACACUUUCCAACGUGUUUAUAUCGAAGGUCUUGGAGAAUACCAACGCCGCAAUCAUAGUAGAGUCUACGUCUUUGCAAACCAUGUUGAGGAUCUUAAUGUUAACGAUUCAAACCUACUCAAGUCAAGCAUCUAUGCUCCAUAUGUGAAGAUAGAAGAAGAAGAAGAGGAGUAAAAAAAUCUGAAGAAGAAGAUGAAGAAGAAUCACAAUUGAAGAAGAAGAAAACUGAAUCGGAGAAGAUCAUUAGAGUUAGGUGAAAGCAACGGGCAUAUCAUUUUGUGCUCUUAUCUACCAGUUUGUACUCUUGAGUUAUGUACCCUUUUAUAAUUUAAUAAAUCAAGUUUUCUUCUAUAAA